AUGAUCCUAACCCGCUCUCUCGUCCCCUUGUCUCCAGGAGGGCCGGGUAGAGGUGGCGGAGAAGAGCCCGCCGCCGAGCAGGAGGACCGGCCGCGGCCUCACGUCCUGUCGGGAACCGGCUUCUGCAAGUGGUUCAACGUCCGGAUGGGCUUUGGAUUUAUCUCACUGACGAGCAGCGACGGGAGCCCGGUCGAUCCGCCCCUGGAUGUGUUCGUCCACCAAAGCAAACUGGUGAUGGAGGGCUUCCGCAGCUUAAAGGAGGGUGAGCAGGUGGAGUUCACCUAUAAGAAGUCCUCUAAGGGCCUGGAGUCCCUGCGGGUGACGGGACCAGGUGGGGGACCCUGCUCCGGCAGCGAGAGGAGACCCAAGGGGAAGGUCCCGCUCCCGAAACGCAAACCAAAGGUAGACCGCUGUUAUAACUGUGGAGGUCUGGAUCACCACGCCAAGGAGUGUGGCCUGCCCCCCCAGCCAAAGAAAUGCCACUACUGCCAGAGCAUUACGCACAUGGUGGCUCAGUGCCCCCACAAGGCGCUGGCGCCCCCCACAGGCUCUCAGGACCAACACGCGUCUACCUCGGCCACCAGCCCAGGGGCCGGGCCCUACCUCGGCCCCCAGGAGGAGGAGGAGCGCUCCGGCUCCUCUCCCCUGGAGGGCUCCUCCUCCUCCCCCGAGGAGGCCCACACACACCGCGGCCCCCGGACCCAGAGGUGGAGGAAAUCCUGA